AUGAGUCGCCCCUUUGUCACUGUUGAUUACUUUUCGCACCAAUGGGAAGCACUCGAUCUUGGAUGUGCAUCACUCGAACUAAAACGACAACUCGCUGAAACUCGACGAAAACUACUAUCCGUUCAAGGUCAAUUGGAUUCUCAACAUGAUGCCUUACGUCAAUGGGGUCUUGGCAUACCUACCACUAAAGCCUUUUCAUCCUUAUCCAAAGAAAAAAAUCGGUUGCUGAGCGACGAAUAUCGGUUGUGUCGAUUGGAAAACGUGGGUUGGCGACAACAUGCAGCUCAACAUGGCCUCAAGAUCGACCCGAUCGACAUCAACUGGCAAAAAAACUCAGAUGUCAUUUGGCUGUAUGGUCCCCUCUUUCGUCGAGAUGACAAUGAUAUCGAUUUUGAAAAACGUUUGGCUGGUGUAUCCACAACAACAACACAUCCUAACCACCAUCAUCAUCAUGAUACCAACAUGGCUUUGAAACCCGCCCUGAAAAAAAGGAGCGAGACCAAGGAAGAGUAUGUUGAAAAGCUUUUGGGCAAGGCUGCAUUCAAAAAAGUCAAACGACGAAGCUUUCCAGCUGAUCAUACCACCACCAUGAUGGACUUUGACAUGAUUGAACAACAUGAUGUUACGACCAAAAAGAGGACUUUGCGAUUCAAACCUGAUGUUCUCGAGUACAUUUAUCAUGCCGAUAUGCCAUUGAGACGUAACCCUUCUUCUUCACGCUCCAAGCAUAAACGUAGCAAUAGCAACGGUAGUAAUGGUGGCAAGUCAUCCUCUGCAGCCUGUCAACGAGCCAAAGCUCUUUUGUUAGCAGCACGAUCAAACGAUUCAUCAUCAUCAACAACCACUACCACAACAUCACCACUUCAGACACAAACACCCCCAAUCACCCUACCACCUAGUCCUCCCCUCUCACCCUCGUCCAAAGAUACCAGCAGCAUACAGCAUAAUGAUGUCUAUGAAGGGGGAGGCUGGUUAUGGUCUUUUUUCUCAUCUCCAUCUGAUACUACUACGACUUCUUCUUCAACACCACCACCAUCUCCACCAGGAUCACCUUGUCCAAAUAUAGGUGCUACUUCUACUACUACCACAACCACUACUUCAUCUCCUCCUUCUCCUCCUCUUGAAUCGGUUCCUAAUCUUUGUGCCAACUUGCUUUCUCUUUCGGCUGAAAUGAUCACGCUUAUGGGUACAGCAGCAUUAUACAAAGGAAUUAGCUAUGGUUUGGGAUGUCCUGCAGCUCAGCAUCAAGUGGUCAACACCACCUGUAUUGCUAACCGGUCGAAAGCAUCAUGA